AUGCCAGCAACUAGAGGGCUUUACAAUAAAGUCCGUCCACCAGCCUUAUCAUUAGCGCAAGUGGAGGAACUUCAGGCAACUUUUUCAGUUAUGCGUGAACGUAUUCCCUGUCCAAACUGCCACGCCAUCACAACAUUUCAUCGCAAGGGUGCCAGUCCUCACGACUCGACACAACCUCAAUUUAAAUGCACCUCCUGCAACAAGACGAUUAAUGCGUAUGAAAUGCGUCUUACUUUGUCACAAACUAUGUCUAAUUCUACAGACUCACCAUCUGUUUCCAACAAAAACAUAAACACAACCUCUCUUUCCAUUCCUGAAUUAACCUUGUCAUCUCAGGAUUCCUCAAAUAGCCAAACUCAUCAAACGCCAUCUUUAACAAUGGAACAGAUGUUUACUAUGAUUCAAAACUUGACUUUGGAAUUAGCUGAAGCACGUAAACAAAUUAAACUCUUAACUGAACAGAUUAAUACACAAUCACAGGCGACUAUAACUCCUACUCCUGUUACAUUGCACCCUAACCUUCCAGAUUCACAACAACCUACUGAGACCGUAAAUACACCUUGGCAUGACCCUGAGAUGGUAGCCAGGAUGAAGCAUUCACUUCAUCAAUCCCAACAAAAACAUCGGCUUCAAAAACAAGAAACAGCUGCCCGUUUCUUUCAACCCCCUUCAGCUAAUCAGGGAUUUCAAUACUUGUACAUCCCUACCAAAGCACGAAUCCCAAUUGGUAAGCUCCGAACAACUCUCAAAAAACUCGGAGUGAAUAAUGCACGAAUUUUAGAUAUCCACUACCCUGAUAGAAAUAUUGCAGCCUUACUAGUUCACAAUGACUAUGCCACUGAAUUCAAAGAACUCUUACAUAAAUUCAAAAUUACUACUAACGACCUUUUCAACCCCUGGGAUGGUUCUAUACUCAAGGACCCCAAAUACACCGACCACACCGAUGAGGAACGCAACACUCAAGCCGCAAUCCUCCAACAGCAACGAUUAGAAAAAGCUGUACAUCAUAUCAGAGAACCCGUAAAGUAUGCCGUAGCAAAAUUUUUCUACGACAAACGUUGGAUCUCCAAAGAAACUAUUGACAAUAUUAACCAGAAUCGAUUCCCUCAACCUGCUGAUAUAUUCCAUAGAGCCGAUACGAAUGAACCUGAAACAGCUAACGACGACUUCACUAUGGAAUUUGACAACGAAACUGACGCCCUCAACAACUAUAUUCAACAAUGA